AUGUCUGAUACCGGUGAUACCGCACUAGGCGCUGCCCUCAACCAAGUAGUCAUCCACGGCAAGAAUAUCCAAGAGGGAGUUGGCAUCAACACGCAUGUUAUACACAAGUCAACAAAUGAUGUCGGUAAAACUUCAAUCCCAGUUGCUGGUGCGAGUAUGAGCUUUAAGAAGACUGCCGACCGCUCGCGCGUUGAUGGACUAAGACCUUCGCCUUUCUUGUUCGAUGAGGAGGAGAGAGAUGGGUCGCCUGACAGCUACGUUCCUGCCCCUCCCGCAAAUGAUCCUACCGGCGCAUAUACCAAGGCUUAUGCCGGUCGCCUCGGUCGCACUGCAAGUGUUGAGGCCGGUCCAUCCAUGGUCACCAGAGCACCAGUUGCCAGAAUGUUCUCUCAGGACUCUCAGACAACUCCUCUCAUCGUCCCACAGAGAGGCCGCCCAAACUCCUCCAAGAAGCCCAGAAGAGGAUAUAAUCAAUACGAAUUUGAAGAUGAUGAGACAUACUCUGGCUCAAGAAAGUAUCAGCAAGGUUCGCCCGCCAGAAAGUAUAAGAAUGUUGGUGAGGAGCCUUACAGCUAUCCUGCUCGCCGCCGAUCUGCCGAGUCAAAGGUCAACGAUUAUCACCCAUCCUUCUCUGGUCCUCUCGAUGAAGACCAAUACAAGGACCAUGAGAUGGGUGAUGGACUUGAGGGUGGUCAGUUCUUAACUCCAAGCGCCAAUCGUCGCAAUGGUCGGCUCAAUUUCCAAGGCUCGCCACUGCGUCAGUCUCUUAGCCCUGCUGGCAACUACUUCCGAGGCGAUGAAAAUGAAGUCGGUCAAGAGAAUGAUGAGGAGGGACUCUUCGUUACCAAUGACUUAUCUCCCAAAGCCCAAAGCCAAGCCGGUUCCUCUCUUCGAUUUGAUCAUGGCCACUUCACUAGACUCAAGGAGGUCGCCAACUCGCCCGUUGCCACGAAGCCCGGCCUUAGCAGAAAGCGUAAGGCUACCCCGGAACCCGAGGAGCGCUUUAACAAUAUUGGUCGCAACCUCGCACCCUCCCGCUAUUCUGGUACUGACUUGCCAUGGGGCAUGAACCAAGAUCCUCCACUUGUCAGACAAGCCGAGGUCAGUGACGCUGCACUCCUCAAGCGUGGUCUCAAGCGUGGCAAGGAGGACAAGGUCUGCAAGCGUGGCUACGGCGCAAAUGACCCCGAGAACAUUGCCAUUGUCAACAUGAGAGAAAUCGACCGCCUCUCGUUCCCUCAAAUCGUUGACAUCCUCAACCAGAAGAGAAUCGAAAACGGUGCCAAUCCUGAUCUCAGUGUCUGUGGAGUCACUAGUCGCUACAGCCGCACAGCUCCCCUACUCUUUGCCGCCGAGGGAAAGCAGUUCGUUCCGCUUUCCAAGCGCGGUAAGAGAGGCACUACCAUGGCCGACCUAGACCUUGAGGCUCUCCCAGUCCGACCUCAGUGGAACAAUGAGACUGAUCUCCUCUUGGUCAAGAUCUACAAGGAGGAUGAAAAGGACCGCUGGAGCCGGAUUGCUGAGGAGUUCAAUAAGCGCUCCGGCCCGAAUGUCCGUCCCAUCGAUCCAGCUGCUGCUGCUCGUCGCCACACGAUGUUGUGA